AUGUCUGCAUCAAUCUCUUACGCUAACGUUGCUGCUAAGGGUACUUCUGUUACUAGCUCAACUGAUGCUGCUGAAAUUAAAUCAAUUAAUGUGAGUAACGAGUCAUCUAAUGAUAAUUCUGACGCCACUGCUAUUACUUCCACCACUAGCAACUCCGAAUCUGUUCCUGUUGUUUCUACUGAAUCAUCUAUUGAAUCUACUCCUGUUUCUACUUCUGUUUCCACCACUUCAACCACUACUGCUACUUCUACUACUACAUUACCUGUAGCCAAUGAAUCAGUGAAGAAAGAAAAGAAAGUAUUAACUCCUGCACCAGUUCCUUCUAAAUCUGUUUGGGGUAAUCCAUCAGGUCAUCAAUUAAAUGGAUCAAUCACUGCUCCUCCACCUGUGAUAGGUUCAUCAAGUGUGGUUGAUGAACAAAAAUGGCCAACUCCAAAAACUAAUGAAAUUCAAUCUACUAAUAAACCAAAUCAACAAAAAUUUAUUAAACCAAUCACUAAUAAAUGGGUUCCAAUAACUGCUAAAGUUACAUUACCAAGUUCAAGAAACAAUAAUAAUAGUAACAACAGUAAUAAUAGUAAUAAUAACAAUAAUAAUGGUUCAAAUAAUAGUACUGGUUCAAAACAAAAUAGAAAUAAAAAGAAUAGAAAUAAUAAUAAAUCUGGUAAUUCUUCUCAAUCUAGUCAGAAAAAGAGUAGUAAUAAUAGCAAUCAACAAUCUAAUACUGAAUCAUCUAAAAAGGAACAAGAUUCAACAUCAACUGAUGCCAAAUCUGCUCCAGUCAAUGUUGUAAACGCUGAAGCUUCUCCAGUAACGGAAAAUGCUACUGCUGAUGUCACCACUCCUUCUGCCACUGUUGAAGAACCUAUCACUACUGAAACUACUUCUGCUAUUACCACUACAUCAAAGUCAUCAUCUGCUUCUCCAAGUACAACUUCUGUCAUUCCAUCCAUACCCGUUGAAGAUUCCUUGAAUAAUACCAAUACUCAACUGAAUCAAGUGAAUAACCAAUCAAAUCAACAACAACAAAAUCAACAACAAUUCAAUCCUCAAUAUCAAAAAUUCAAUAACAAUAACAACCAUAACAAUAAUGCUGCUAAUCAUCAAAAGAAUUACAGGCGUUUUAACAAUAACAAUGUCAACGGUACUAACAAUGCUCCAGUUGUUCACAACAACAAUAACAACAACAAUCCUAAUGUCAAUGGUAACGCUAACCAAUAUAACAAGAGAUAUAAUAACUAUAAUAACAACAAUCAAAUCUCUCAACAACAACAACAACAACAAGGUCCACCAACUGGGACUCCAGCUCCAAAUGGAUUUUUCCAUCACCAACAAUUCAUUCCAACUCAACCACCAUUCCAACCAUAUAAUAAUAGACAGUUUAGACCUCAUCCAAGAAAUGGUAACAAUGGAGGAUACAAUAACCGUCAACAACAACAUCAACAACAACCACCAAAUGGAGGUGCUUAUCAACGUAAUGGUAGUAUUGGAUUACCUCAUAUUCCUCAACCAAUGGUUGGUUACCCACCUCAUCUUCUUGGUCAAGCUCCAUUACCUCCAAUGGGUAUUCAAAUCCCACCACCAAUUUCUCCAAAACAAGAUCCUCAACAAGCUUUAAUUCAACAAAUUGAUUAUUAUUUCUCUUUAGAAAAUUUAAUCAGAGAUAUCUUUUUAAGAAAAAAUAUGGAUGAUGAAGGAUUUGUUUCAUUAGAUUUAAUAUUAAAUUUCAAGAGAGUUAAGAUUAUAAUUAAUGGAAUUCAAAAUUCUUUAGAAAAUGGUGAAGUUGAAAGUGAUAGCAUAAUAUUAGAUGCCAUUAAGAAAUGUCAUAAUUUAGAAAUUAGAUAUUUGAAUGAUUCAAAUGAUAGUGUUAAAGAUGUUAAAUUAAGAGUUAAAGAAAAUUUUGAACAAUGGUUAUUACCUGUUGAAAACUAG